GAACUGUAGGUGAAGAACCGAUGGCAUCACUAUCCUCACCUGUCGAUCCACAGAAAUGCAACCAUGUUUUACUGCACUCCUCAUUUUCAAGCAUUGAAAAAUGCACACAUUGCUUGGGACCUUUUGUAGCCCUCAAGUGGAAUGGUCUGAAAUGUAAAGACUGUUCUUCAAUAUGGCACAACAUCUGCUAUGAAAAGAUCCAGAGGACUGAUUUUUCACCAUCUUCAUGGGUUUCGGACAAAUCAUCUUCAGCUGAUGAUGUUUCAGACAAAGAAUACAUACCUGACUCUGCCAGUUACUCAGAUAGUUCCGUGGAACUCUCAAUAGAUGAUUCAAAUUAUUUCAAAAAGACUAUUCUUGAUCCUUGUUUCAUUGCACCUUUGCCAGACUGUCAAAAGAGUGAUGGUGCAGAGAAUGACUUGGCUGAAGGUCUUAUUUCUGAAAGUGCAGACAGUGCCAAAAAGGUUGUUCAGAAACAGAUGAAAAGGUCUUCUGAAAAUAAAAAACCUCUUGACGUUCAAACUGAAGGAAGAUCUGUGGAGCCACUCCCCAGAUCUGAAGCUGUUGAAAGCAUCCAGUCUACAAGUAUAUCAUCAUCAAGAGAUACAAAAAACUACUGCUUUAUUUGUGGCAAGCCCCAGUCUAAGAUUGCUCGACACUUAAAAGUCCAUGAGAAGACGAAUGCUGAAGUCGCUCAAGCUUUGGCACAACCAAAAGCCUCAAAACUGCGGAAAAAAAUACUUGGACAGUUGCGAAAUAAGGGGAACUCUACUCACAAUAAAGAGGUUUACAAAAGUGGCAGUGGACUGCUAAAAAUUAAACGUAAACCCAAGCUGAAGUAUAACAUAAACCAGUAUGUUCACUGCAUGUUUUGCCAGGGAUUGUACCUUCGGAAUCACCUUUGGCGGCAUGCUAGUAAAUGUACAUCCAAACCAAGAACAACUGAUGAGACAGGACCAAAAAGGGUUUUGAGCUUGGCCUCAAUGGUGGAUUCUGGACUAUGUCAGCAAAUAUCCCAAGGUGUUUUUAAGCUCCUAACAGUGAUGAAAGAUGAUGAAGUUUCUGCUGCAGUGCGAAGUGACUUUUACAUUCUACAGCUUGCACAAUCAUUUUUCAAUAAACAUGGUCAAGAUCCCUCCAAGCAUGAAUAUAUUCGACAAAAGAUUCGUGAAGUUGGAAGGCUUCUGCUAAUCCUGCGGAAUGAGUUUUCUAUAUACAACAUUGAAGAUGCUGUCAGGCCCUCAAACUUCCAUGUACUUGUUCAAGCAGUCAAGAGAGUUUCUGGCUUUGAUGAAGAUAGUCAUUCAUAUAAAACUCCUAGCCUUGCUCUGAAAUUAGGACACUCGUUGCACAAGAUCAGUGACCUUAUAUGCUGCACAGCUUUAGUAUCAGGGAAUGAUGAGCUUAAAAAGUCAUGUCAGGCUUUCAAAACACUUUAUUUAUCAAAGUGGUCAGAACUUGUCUCCCACACAGCUUUAACAACCUUGAGUGAUAAGCGCUUUAACAAGCCUUCCACGCUUCCUUUCACUGAGGAUGUUCAGCGUCUUCACCAGCAUUUGGAAAAGGUUGCAAAUUUAGCAUCUGAGACUUUGAAAAGUGAUCCGUCACCACAAGCCUAUAGGGAACUGUGCAGAACUACAUUGGCUAAAAUCAUUUUGUUCAACCGAAGACGAGGUGGAGAGGUUUCUAAAAUGCAGCUGUCUGCCUUUCUAGAGAGGGACACCACUCCCUUGCAUAAAGAUGUUGCAGUUGGUCUUACAGAGUUUGAACGACAACUUUGUGCCCAUUUCAGCAGGGUUGAAAUAAAGGGGAAAAAGGGACGAAAAGUUGCUGUGCUUUUAUCACCAGACAUGGUUGAAGCCAUCAGCCAGCUCAUUAGCAGAAGAAGGGAGUGUGGAGUGCCAGACAAAAACACCUUUCUUUUUGCUAGACCCAACUGUCCUACCCCUUACAGAGGACAAGACUGUCUUAGGGUUUAUGCAAAUGACAGUGGUGCCCAAAACCCUGAACUUUUAAGAUCAACACAACUUCGCAAGCAUGUUGCAACAUUGUCCCAAGUGUUAAACCUAAGAAAUCACGAACUGGACCAAGUUGCAGACUUUCUGGGACAUGAUAUACGUGUUCAUAGAGAGUAUUACAGGCUACCAGAGGCUACGACUCAACUGGCAAAAAUUUCUAAAUUGCUUCUGGCAAUGGAAAGAGGGACCUUGGCAAAUGUGCAAGGCAAAACGCUGGAUGAGAUUGAAAUUGAAGAUGAGUUGGAACUGACUGACGCUGAAAGUGGACAAAGUGAAGUUGAUUGUGACCAAUCCGCACUUGUAAAUGAUACACAAUGCUCUACAAAUCAAGAAUCUAAUGAAUCUUCUGGUGUUACAGAUGGUUUAGGAGAAGAGACAUCACAAGGGAGAACAUCCUCUAUGCCAUCUGCUGAGAAGCCUUCGGAAAAAGUAGAAGAUAUGACUGCCUUAACAAUCGUCCCCCCACCUCCCAGUUGCAGAAAACCUCAAUCUCCUGUUGAAUUACCUGGGACCUCUUCUGGAAAGGGAAAGGAGAUUAUUGCACCACCAACUGAAAAACCCUCAGAACCCCAAGAUGAUUAUCCUGAAAAGCACCAUCCUCAGAGACAUCAAAAACGGCCCUGGUCUCCUAAAGAAAUUGCAGCUGUGUUGAAACAUUUUCAGAAACACAUUGACAGUGGGAAGCUGGCAAGUUUUGUUGAAAUUCAACAGUGUCAACAGRCAGAACAUCCUGCUUUAAUAAACCGCUCAAUUCAAAACAUAAGAGACUUUGUUAGAAAUCGUGGUGUGUCCAAAAAAAAGAGAAAAGGAAAAGCUAAAAAUGUCAGAUAAAUCUUGAGCCAAGAUGCUCUAAACAAAACCUUAAGAACUUUCAAGCAUUCUUUUGUUUUAAAAGUAAAAACCCAGAAGUUCAACUCUUAAGUGAGUAUAAACGGCUCAUUGUAUUAGAGAGUAUGUACUGCUAAAAGUAACAUUUAAUGGAAAAGGUGUUUUGUUUUUAACCUUCACCUUUUUUGGUUUGUUUGCUUGUUUGUUUUGGAGUAGUUUUCUAUAAUGUGCUCUGAUUUCUAAGUUGGUCCAAGAUUGAUGUUGUGUGAAGAGACUCAACUAAACUUGAACUCUUAAUCAUUGUCAAAGUAAUUCAGAAGAUUGAUUUUUCAGGUUGUUGAAAAAGGCAAAUAUUGUUCUAGUAAUGUUUUCUUAAAGGUAUCACAAUUAGUUUUUUUUCUUUUAAGUUGAGCUUCACCUUUAGUUGAAAUGAGGCACAAUGCUUUGUAGAGCAUUGUACCUUAAUUUGAAAGGGCUUCAGGAUUAAUAUUUGAAUAGAAUAGUGUUCUUAAAACCUGCUUCAAAGAAAGAUUUGUUUGCUUCUGAAUAAGAUUUUUUUGUUUUGAAGUAAGAUUUUUUUGUUUUGUUUGAGUCAUGUGUAUUGUGUGGUAUCUAGAAGAACUUGGGUUUAAGUUCAUUAUUGACUAAAGUCAAACUGUUUUGAAAAACUAAGCUUGAUAAGGAUCCUGUGUUUUGGUUUGCUCCAAAAAAUAAAAAUUGCAAAAGACAAUGUCAUUUGUUUAUUCCAUAAUAUGUUUUAAUUUGUAUAGAUCUAAACAUUACCCCAUUGGUAGUGAACAAGCACUAUAUUGCUGACCAUAUUUCUAAUUGGUUAUUAUUUUUUUCAUAUUUGGACUGAGAUUUUUGUAGUCCGUGCCUGUGUUCAUGACAAAUGAACACUAACAUUAUUGCAGGGUGCGAAUUAAUCCAUUUGAUGCUCAUUUGGGUACUUUAGUAUAUUUUAGGGACAUUCUUUGAAGACUUAUUUUAAAUGUCCUUGCAAUUCUCAUUGGUACUUAUAAUGUAUUGUUAUGCAGGGGGUGUGGCUUAUCUAUCUAAUUACCGAUGUCCUGUUAAUGUUGCAUAAAGUCAGGUCAUUAUAUUUAGAGUUGUGUAGUGUGUAAACACAAUUUUAACUGAGAUCUUUGUUGAGUGGCUCAUUAAAGAUUUUUUGACACAUUCA